GUAUCCGGAACUAUUCUCUAACAUAGGGCAGUUCUUUUGCUAUCGCACUCGUGAAGUUGCUUACUGAAGGCAUGUGCCAUCGGAAAUAUUUUUGCAGGAAGCUGUGUUAAAGGUCAAAGGACGCAUGUUUUAUUUUGCUGUGUGAGGUGUGCAGGAUGUCUUCUGGUGGAGAUUUUGAGGGGAAAAGCGGAAAACGCAAAAGUAAGGCAAAAGUUUCAACAACAGGGAAAAAGGCAAAAAUCACAAGUAGAGAAAAUGGAAUACAACAAGAUGAUGCUUCUAGAAGUGGCGCAGAAAUCGCAGAGAAUGAUCAAACAGAAACAGCCCUUCCUCCAGCAUUUAGUAUUUCUGAAAUAAAAAAUAAACAGCGAAGGCAGUUAAUGUUUAUGAAAUUAAAGCUGGAAAAGCGUAAGGAAAGACUUGCAGCAAAAAAGAAACGCAAAAAAGAACGAGAGGCACUAGGAGACAAGGCACCGCCAAAGCCAGUUCCCAAGACUAUUGAAAAUCAGCGAGUUUAUGAUGAAACUGUAGUAGAUCCUACUGAUGAAGAGGUGGCUUUUGAUGAGUCGACUGAUGAAUUCUCUUCAUACUUCAAUAGACUGACAACUCCCAAAGUUCUUAUCACAACAUCGGACAGGCCAAGAGGGAGAACCGUCCGCUUUUGCAGACAGUUGUCAACCAUCAUACCAAAUUCUUUUGUGUACUACAGAAGAGGAUUAGCACUUAAGAAAAUAAUCCCACAGUGUAUAUCAAGAGAAUUUACGGACUUACUGGUUGUUAAUGAUGAUCGUUCUAUACCUAAUGGGUUGGUUUUAAGUCAUUUGCCAGAGGGACCAACUGCACAUUUCAAAAUGAGUAACGUUCGUUUGCGGAAGGACAUUAAAAGAAGAGGAAAAGAUCCUACUGAGCAUAUACCCGAAGUGAUACUAAACAACUUUUCUACAAGGCUGGGACAUAUUGUGGGGCGCAUGUUUGCUGCCCUCUUCCCACAUGAUCCACAGUUUGUAGGACGCCAGGUUGCUACAUUUCAUAAUCAACGGGAUUACAUCUUUUUUAGAUACCACAGGUACAUUUUCAAGAAUGAGAAAAGAGUUGCACUACAGGAGCUUGGGCCACGAUUUACAUUGAAGCUUCGAUCCCUUCAGAAGGGCACAUUUGAUUCAAAGUAUGGAGAAUAUGAAUGGGUUCAUAAGCGCCAUGAAAUGGACACAAGUAGAAGAAAAUUCCACUUGUAAGAUGUACCUUGGUUGGUUUAUCAGCAGAUAUUAAUACAGGACACCAAACUGAAGUGUGGAUUUUCGUGCAUAAAGAAUCUUGUUAAGAAAGAACUCAUUUGGAAUAAUUGAGCUGAUUACUUUUUUUAAGCCUGCUGUUCAAGUGGCGUCCUUAUUGAAAAAGAUGAAGCAGUGUUUAAGAUAUUGACUUUCUUAUCUAAUGUAUUUUUUAAUGAAAUGUGCAUUGUGGGCAUCUUAGAGUCUUGCUGGAGAGAAAGUAAAUGAAAACUGUAUUACUAAUCUGGGUGGAUAUUAUAUUGAUGUAUUUUCUCUCCUGUUAUAGAAAAGUAAGUUGCGUAUUUAUCUCCCUUUCAGAAGUGUGAAACACAAAAGUGCAAGUCCCACCACUCUGAAAAAGAAACUGCAAUUCAGACAGUAAAACAAUGAAUUAUGAAUCUCGCUGUUAA